AUGGAUCCGGAAAAGAAUAUCUACGUCAACACCUCGUCGCCGAGCGACGAGUAUGGCUCUGGCCAUGAGAACGACGACAGGAGGAAGAGCGCUGUCGGCAUCCAAGAGGCAGCCGAUCUCUACGGCGACAUCGAAACCGCAGAGCAAUAUGGCUAUGUCGCCCGCGGCCUCAAAUCUCGUCACAUCCAAUUCAUCGCCCUGGGAGGCACAAUCGGCACCGGUCUGUUCCUGGGUAUCGGCAAGGCGUUCGUGACCGGUGGUCCCCUCUCCGUGCUGCUCGGCUACUCGUUGACCGGUAUUGCCAUCUUCGCCAUGAUGCAGUGUUUGGGCGAGAUGGCGACGUGGUUGCCGCUUCCUGGUGCGAUUCCACAGUAUUGUGCAAGAUACGUUGAUCCGGCUAUGGGUUUUGCUGCUGGUUGGAACAACUGGUACUCCUCCGCCCUCACGCUUUGCGCUGAGAUCUCUGCCGCUGCUGUUGUUAUUGGUUUCUGGAACGAUACUAUUACUCAAGCAGCAUGGAUAACAAUUAUUUUGGUCGUAAUCGUCGCCCUGAAUAUCUUCGCUGUCUCCAUUUAUGGUGAAGCCGAGUUUAUCUUCGCCUCGAUCAAGAUUAUCACGAUCGUGGGCCUCCUCAUCCUCGCACUGGUAAUCGAUCUAGGCGGCGCUCCUAGCCACGACAGACUCGGUUUCCGCUACUGGAAGCACCCCUACGCUGCCAUGCGGGAGUACAUUGGCACUGGCAACACGGGACGCUUCGCCGGUUUCUUCGCCACGCUCGCCAACGCUGCUUUCAGCUACGGCGGAGUCGAGAUGGUCGCAGUCGCCGCAGGAGAGGCAGAGAACCCUCGCCGCAACAUCCCAAAGGCAGUGCGUCGAGUCUUCUGGCGUAUUCUGUUCUUCUACGUCCUUGGAUCCCUGGCUAUCGGUGUGACGGUGCCAGCCACUGACGACCGUCUCCUGAACGGCGGAGCCGGCGCAGCCUCGUCUCCAUGGGUCAUUGCGAUCGUUCGCGCUGGUAUCCCGGCUCUGCCAUCGAUCAUCAAUGCAGUCAUCUUGACCUCCGCGACGUCUUCGGGAAAUGCUUUCCUUUUCACCGGAUCUCGAUACCUCUUCGCUUUGGCGCAGAACAAGCAAGCGCCUCGCUUCUUGCUUCACUGCACGAAGAGCGGUGUCCCCAUCUGGUGUGUCCUCAUCACCGCCAGCAUCGGCCUCCUCACCUACAUGACCGUCUCCUCGGGCGCCGCCUCCGUCUUCGACUGGUUCCAAACCCUCACGACCAUCACCUCCCUCUUCACCUGGUUCAGCAUCCUCAUCGCCUACAUCCGCUUCCGCAAAGCCCUGAUGGCCCAAGGCGUCAACCGCAACACGGACCUCGUCUUCAAAUCCCGCUUCCAGCCCUACACGGCCUACGCGGCCCUCGUCUUCUUCGUCAUCAUCAUCCUCUUCAACGGCUUCGCCGUCUUCACGCACAACAAGGACGGCAGCUCCAACUGGGACGUGCAGAGUUUCGUCACCGCGUACGUCGGCAUCCCCAUCUACGUCGGCUUCUAUCUGUUCUGGAAGAUCCUCAAGCGCACCAAGUUUGUCAAGGCGAGUGAGGCGGAUAUCUGGACGGGCAAGGCGAGUUUGGAUGCGGAGGUGUGGCCGGAGGUUGUGCCGAGGAAUUGGGUCGAGAGGGUGUGGUUUUGGAUUGCGUAG